UGUGGGCCCAGUGUCAUUCAGGCCCAAAGUGUGGUUUCUCCUUGGGGAGGGACACAGAGUGGAGCUGUUCGACAGGCACUGUACCAGAAUGAUGGCAAUGCUCUCAUCUCCCCUGUUUCUCUUGUUGAAGCUCCACUUCCAGCCCCCAAACCCAUGCUGAUCUCCCUGCUUGAAGGAAGGGAAGAGCCCUGGAUCCCAGAUGUGCGUAGCCCUGAGGCCGUGCCAGGAGACCUCAGCCCAGGAACUCGGAUUACAGAUAUACUGGAGGAUCUGCAUCAAAGUGGAGUGGCUGAAUGGCGUUUGGGUAGUGUCUGUGUGGAAGAAAUGAGAAGGGAUGUCCGAGGAGGCCUGGAGCAAGGCCAAGGUGAGCACACCAAGAAGCCACUGGGAAAGAUAGGAAGGUGCCCACUGGACUACAAGACAGGUCAAAAGGGGCCUGAAGAACCCAGGAGCAAGGAUGUGUGCCAGAAGAAAAAGCAGAAUCCAUGCACAGAGUGUGGAAAUAGCUUUGAAAAAGAUUCCUGCAUCGUUAACCACCAGUGCAGACGCUCAGCAGUGAGUCCAUACAAGUGCUCUGAGUGUGGGAAGAGCUUCAAAAAGAGAUCCCAACUCGCCUACCACCAACGCAUCCACACAGGAGAGAGACCCUACGGGUGCUCUGAGUGUGGGAAGAGCUUCAAAAGCAGUUCUGAUUUAAAGAAGCACCAGCGCAUCCACACAGGGGAGAGACCCUACAAGUGCUCUGAGUGUGGGAAGAGCUUCUCAAAGAGUUCCCACCUCAGCUAUCACCAGUGCUUUCACACAGGAGAGAGACCCUACAAGUGCUCUGAGUGUGGGAAGAGCUUCAAAAGCAGUUAUGGUUUGAAGCUGCACCAGCAUGCAUACACACAGGAGAGAGACCCUACAAGUGUCCAGAGU